AUCGUCACACGUGACGUCGGCGGCCAGAAACGCCGGUAGUUUCGCGGUCAUACGACACGUUUCACCAACUUUGGCACCAAAACUCGGACAUUUGUAUGGAUUUUCUCCGAUUUUAGCCUCAACCUGUCAUCAUGGUGGACGUAUUCGACUUGGACCUGGACACGGAGGGCCAGGAUAACUAUUCAGAUGACGAACUAGACGAUCAGUUCCUGGAUUGCUCAGGUGGAUCUGGAGGUUUCCUUUCCAGAACUGAUGACCUAGAGACAGUGGACAUCCACGAGGGUACAGUGAACAGAUACCAUGAGAAGGUCGGCCCAGAACACUUCCAGCUGCUGAAGGUUCUAGGGAAGGGCGGCUACGGGAAGGUGUUUCAAGUCAAGAAAACACAAGGUGGCAACCAAGGCAAUAUCUUUGCCAUGAAAGUCCUGAAAAAGGCCAGCAUAGUCAGAAAUCAGAAGGACACAGCACACACCAAAGCUGAGAGAAAUAUUCUGGAAGCAGUCAAGCACCCGUUUAUUGUAGAUCUCCAGUAUGCCUUCCAGACCAAUGGAAAACUGUACCUCAUCCUGGAGUACCUCAGUGGAGGAGAGCUUUUCAUGCAACUGGAGAGAGAGGGAAUCUUCAUGGAAGACACAGCCUGUUUUUACUUGGCAGAGAUCAGCCUUGCCCUGGCCCACCUCCACAGUGAGGGGAUCAUCUACCGAGACCUCAAACCAGAGAACAUCCUGCUGGACCAGCGAGGGCAUGUCAAACUCACUGACUUCGGGCUGUGUAAGGAGUCCAUCUAUGGCACCCAGAUGACGCACACAUUCUGUGGAACCAUUGAGUACAUGGCCCCUGAGAUCCUGACCAGAAGUGGCCAUGGGAAGGCAGUAGACUGGUGGAGUCUGGGUGCACUCAUGUACGACAUGUUAACAGGAGCGCCACCGUUCACAGCAGACAACAGGAAGAAAACAAUUGACAAGAUCCUCAAGGGAAAGUUGAAUCUCCCUCCGUACCUCACACCUGAAGCCAAGGACAUCCUCAAGAAACUGUUGAAGAGACAUGUGCCCGUCAGACUGGGGACUGGUCCAGAGGAUGCAGAGCCUAUCAAGAACCAUGCGUUCUUCCGCCAAAUUAACUGGGAUGACCUACUCCAGAGAAAGGUGGAACCUCCCUACAAACCGGAAAUAGUGAGUGAGGAAGAUGUGAGUCAGUUUGACACAAAGUUUACCAAGCAGACGCCGGUGGAUAGUCCGGAUGACUCCAUGCUGAGUGAAAGUGCCAACCAGGUGUUCCAGGGCUUCACCUACGUGGCCCCCUCCCUGCUAGAUCACAUGAUGAGGAUGGGAGGUCACAAGCCAAGGUCACCCCGCAAGUGGGGCAUGAUGGGAAGCCCCGUCAGCAGAGGAGGUGUCCUCAGCCCGACCAAGUUCCCGUUUUCUGACGGAAACCAGGCUUCAAACUCCAACGACGUGGAGCCCAUGGACGUAACCAUGGGCAACGGAGACUUGCCAUUCCACACCGCCAAGACGUCCAGUAUCGCCAUGCCGACCACCAGCGUCGCCCACACCGCCACCGCGUACCCCGUCCCCACCACCAGACCCGACCACCUGCGACUCACAUGAACCGACCGCGCCGGAACACGUCCGCAAAGUAUCGCACUCCCGCAGAUGCAUGCUCUUGCUCUCGUGGAAAGAGGGAAAAAGAAAAUGCAAGAAAUCUCCAAUCCUUUCAAGUGUGAAUACAAAAACAUUCUUAAAUGUACCUUAUUUUACGGUCCCAUGGUGCUUUGCGAAACAUGAGACUUUCUCCACUUGAACACUUGCAAAGCAUCAUGGGACCGUAAAGAUAAAUUCAAUCAACAGAUAAAGAAAAGUCAGUAAAGGUUGCCACUAAUUUUCUUCAUGAUUCUUUUUUUUUUCGAAUUGACAUUCGUUUCUAUCCUUCAGUCCUGUCAUUGCAAUAGCAUGCAUCUUCACAAAAUUGAAAUCUCUCAUUAUUUAUUAACCUUUUCAGGAAUCAAACUACAAUAUCUGUACAGUUGCAAUCAAGCAGCCCUCCUUUGCAAUGGAAAAAAGGGGGCAAAUUGUCAUACCUUUGGUAGACUUUAAUACGUGUUAUGUCAAACUCCUAGCAACUUGUGAGUGUACUACAGUGUUCAGUGCUCAAAAAUGUCACUUUGAGCGUAAUAAUAUGAUCCUCUGCUGCUAAACACUGAAAUUUUUUGUCAUGAUAUUAAAAUAUUGCCUUAAGAUCAGGAUGCAAGGACUACCUUCUCACACGAAAGUUACGUAGUCUUGUGAAAAAUAUUAGGAGUGAAAAGUUUUUUCCAUUUGAUAUGCAAUCUUUGAAUGGUGCAUCGUAGAUGAUCGCAGUUAUGCCAUGUUGAAUAAUAAUCAACAAGAAAUAUGAGUAGAAACCUGCAAUUGUGGAUACGCUGUUAGAUUCUCAGUGCAUAGAAAGAAGAUAGAAACAUGUUAGGAUAAUCACAGUGCAAAGUUAGAUAAUCUCUGCAAGUCGUCUAGGCUCCAUUUACUGACUAGAGCCUUUAUGGAGCAUUUUUUCUACUGAUCAGAGCAUAGAGUAAAAUUUGAGAAGCCAGUUUUUUGUAUAGAGAAGCAUUUGAGCACAGUGGGGGGCAAUGUUGUAGAUAAGGGGGUGUGUUCCAUGAAGAACUAGAAAGUUGUAUUUCAUAAAUGAUUUAUUUUUCUUUCCGUUGUGAUUUUAUUUGAUCAUCGAAUCCACCAUAGUCGACAUGAGAAACAUUGAAAGGGCUCGUAGCAAGAGUUCAGAGUAUCAAAAGUCAUAUUUUUGGCGAUGCCUCAGGGGCGGAGCCUUUUGUGUUUGACACUGAAGAGUCAGCAUCAUUCACUAGUCUACUGUUACGUAGCACAGAUGAAGAUUUAUCUUUUAAACAAUUUGUUCUGUAGGUUUUAUUUGUGUGUAAGUAAAAGUUCAGCAUGUUCGUCCUUUGUUAAUCUGAAACUGAGCUAGCCUUUAAAUUGUACAGCCAUGUACAGCUUACAUUUGUUUCUUUAGGGUUUAUGUAUUAUAUAUUGAUAACUUCUGCUCAUAAUUUGCUCCCAAGAAAUGACAGAUGACUCAUACCGGUAUGUGUUUUUCCGAAAGCAUAUGUCAAUUUGACCAUUUGUAUGUAGGCUAAUGCUUCAUAGUCAUACAAAUUGCAAGUAGGAACAGCGUAAGAGUUUGGCACAAAUUAAAAGCUGUGAAUUUUUGCAACCUUUGCAAUUGACUAAAAGGGGAGACGACGAAUAAUCAACAAGGAGUUUUCCAUCUGCCCUUGGCCACAACAACACAAAAAGACCAACCAGACUAUUUUUUAGUCUAUUCACGUAAAUAGUUGUGGUAUUGGUAACUUCCUCUGAUACAUAGCAACAAAUGGUCGAACUAGAGCUAAAAAAGUCCACACUAAAUGAUGCCGCUCUGUCAAACCCUAGAUAGCACAAGAAAGAACAGUGUAGCAGGUUAUUUUCAAGAGCAAUUAAAACAGGUAGCAGCACACUUGUGUGAAAAACAGGCUAAACAGAAGUGAAUCUAUUUUGGACAACCUAUUUGAAUAGUGAUGAUGUUUAAGUUAUUGAUACGCCACACUGUAUAGAGAGUUUAGAGUCAGGGUAAUUCAGCAAUCUGCAUUUUUCCACAUUAAAGAACAUGACUUUCUGAUGUAUAGUAA